CAGCGAACGGGUCCUGCUCCAGACUCGGUCUCAGAGAGCAGGGGGAGAGGAGGAGGAGGAGGACUUUCAGCACAAGCUUGCUCCGGACGGGAGCCGAGCUUUUCUGUCAGAUUGCGGACACCACCACAAACGUCCAUGACUCUGAAAAACACCAAUGAUGGACAAACAAAAUGUGAAUGGGUUCCAUCCCAAGGCCUCAGUGAAUGGACACCAGAGGGGACAGCUGCCGUAUUCAGUGGAGACGCCCUAUGGCUUCCGCCUGGAUCUGGACUUCCUCAAGUAUGUAGAUGACAUCGAGAAGGGCAACACCAUCAGGAGGGUCCACAUCCAGAGGAGGAGCAGAGGUCCCAAGCUCAGCACCCUGCAGCGCAACUUCAGCCUCCCCGGCUGCAGCUUCAGGGCGCCUUGGGCCUCCGCUCCAGCCCUUGGGCCCAAUGCCAAAUCCCGUCUCGCUGAGAACCAGCAGGUGCUGGAGUUUGGGGCCUGCGAAGAUGGACCCUCGGGGGUAUCCGUGUCGCCUCGGGUCAGCUACAUGACUCUGAGGACCGUGGAGGACGCGAGCCUCAGGGCGUUCGACGAGCAGGCCCCGGGUGUCCACGUGCGGCCGUAUCUGCUGAGGGCCACCAGCAUGCCGGUCACCACCCUGCUGAGGACCAGCUCAGAGGCCUCUGAUGACCGGGCGGCCACUGCCUGUGCGGGUCUAUGCUCGGAGAACGGCUCCACCGAUGACGUGUUUGGGGAGAGGAGGGGCGGUUCCCCCUCCAGUGACCCUGGCCUACGCCUGCAGUUGGCCGCCGCCCUGCAGAGAAUCGGGGAGUUGGAGGAGCAGGCUCGGAUCGUCAGAGAGCUCCGAGCGCAAAUCACCGCCCUGCGGGAGGACAAGGAGCACCUCCUCAUCAGGCUCCAGCCCUGCCCCACAGGCGCUGCAGGACAGCUGGGUCGGUGCCAGGGCUUGGAUCCUCAACCUGGUGUGCCCAAGGACCUAGAGACAGAUUCAGGCAUUGUUCAUCAAGGCAUACCCUCACUUCUUGUCCAGGAGACCAGAUUUGAGCAGCAGAAAUGUGAAGACUCAACGUCAAGACCAAAUGGCGGUGACGCCAGGCCCCUCUCCAUCACUGGCCUGCAGAAGAGGAUCACAGACCUUGAGCAGAAACUCUACCGAUCCACCACAGAGUUGGAGGAAUCGAGCGCUCACCUGAGAGAGCUGAUGCUGGAGAACAAGUUGAAGGAGGACCGGAUCAAACAGCUGACUGAAAGUGAACGGGUGGAACAAGGAGGCAAUCAGGAUGCAGUACCAUCUGAAUCAGAUGCACCGCAAAGAGACCGGACUAGCUCGAGCACCCAGACAGAUGGUGCAGUUGCAAAGGUGACAGCGAACACCCUUACAGCCGCAAAGCUUCCAGAAGCUCCUCCUAACACGCGCAACCAAGUCGAGGGGGGGACUGCUGAAGAGGGGAUUAUUCCGGGUUCCCCAGAGGCCGGCUCUGCAGGUGAAUCGCUGCAGCGACCUGACGCCCUGGAGCAGAACAGACCUGCCACGAAUGCUGCCGUUGGGCUCUACAUCACCCGGAUCCAGGGGCUCCUGCAGGAGCAGUGGGAGUGCAUGAGCAGAGAGGACCCUGAAAACACCCUCCAGCAGUCAGGCUCCAAAGUCAGCUCCAUCCAAGCUGAGCUGCUCAGUUCCAUCCACACCCUCUCAACCCUGUGCUCAUCACCAGCACAGACCACAGGGGCGGCUCAACAAGCAGCUCCGAAGUCCAUAAUGAAGAAAAGUGUCAGUGCUGAGGGGCUGGGAGCAGGCACAGCCAAGAAGAACCUCAAGUUUGUGGGCGUAAAUGGCGGCUAUGAGACCACCUCCAGCGAGGAGUCAAGCAGUGAGGAAAGUAUGGAGGAGCAGAGAUGUGAGGGCAGGGAAGAGGACACUGCAGGGGAGGGUGACGCUGGAUCCCAGGCACCAGACCCCCUUGAGGGGCCCCAUGAGGAUCAAUCACGCAGUGGGAGUGGCAUCAUGGCAGUGGACGAGGACUUCACAGCAGUGUGCUGUUACCUUAAAGAUCGCCUGGAGGAGGCAGCCUGCCCCAAUGAGAAGAUGAGGCAGAUGCUGACAGCACUGUACCAGGUGUGGUUCCAUGUGUCCAGUCAGAAGGACUCUACGGCUGAAACGGUGGCCCUGUACCUGAAGCAGGCCCGGUCUUUCGGCCCCACAAUGCUCCGCUUCCUGGUCAACCUGGCCGACGGCAACGACAACAUGGCGCUGCACUACAGCGUGUCUCACUCCAACUUUGCUGUCGUCAAACUGCUCUUAGACACAGGCCUGUGUGACGUGGACCACCGCAACAAAGCCGGGUACACUGUCAUGAUGCUGGCCUCCCUGACUGCAGCUGACUCCCCAGAAGACAUGGAGGUUGCCCGGCAACUUAUGGAACAGGCGGACAUCAACGCCACAGCAAGCCAGGCAGGGCAGACGGCGUUGAUGUUGGCGGUGAGUCACGGUCACACGCCGAUGGUGGGCCUCCUGCUGGCGGGGAGGGCUGAUGUUAACAUCCAGGACCGCCGUGGCUCCACACCGCUGAUGUGUGCCUGUGAACACGGCCACACGCAAAUCGCCCGCUUGCUGCUGGAACGCGGAGGCUGUGACACCAGCCUCACUGACAAAGAGGGUCGCACCGCUCUCUCAGUGGCCCUAAGCUCCUCCCACUCGGAGAUAGCUGACCUUCUGCGUGCCUGAGGUGACGCCGGGCCCUCCAGCAGCACAGGGCCCCAGUAAGGCCCUCGGCUGCCUGUCCCAAACACAAGACCCCCUUUCUCCGAGCCGCCAUUCCUCCGCAGGCUCCUACAAAAUACAUAUUUCAAAUAUUUUCAGAAGUACUGUCCAAGUAAUUAGCAUCUGGCUAUAAAACAACCUGCUUUGCAGCGAUAGGAAGGGAAAGGAGGCGCGUCGAGGGCGUUGUGUGGGUUUGACGCGGAUAACAUUGAUCAGUGGCUGUUGCCAUGGUCACCACUCAGUAUUCACCUUUUCUUUUUUUACCUGAUGACAUCACACAAUUCAGAUAUAGCCAUAAGCACUAGCUUUCUUGCUUUUGCCACUGUUUUCAGACUGUUCUUUGUAUGGAUACAGACUGGAGGACUUUGAUGUUUGCAAUUACUUUCCUUUUAGCCUACCUCUUGGUCCUUCUCAGGCUGUUUAAUUUGACCCUCCAUCAUGAAGCCUGUACGUCAGAACAGUAUGCAUCAAGGAAGCCUGAACUUCAUACACUUUUCCAAUUGAUUUAAAAUAUUUUUCCAUUCAGAAAAACCACUUGUGCCUCUCAAGUUAUCACUCCAUCUCAACACCAGUGUAUUAUGCAUUUUAUAUGCAGUCAUUCAAAAGCUAUUAAACAUUUAUGACGACAGCAUGAAUUUAAAGUUCUCCUUGAGUCUCACUGAUACAGGUUGUAGUUAUUCUGAUGAUGGUUAUAAGAUAGAUUGAUUCCUAUUCUGAGAGACAGAUGUCAUACAGAUUAAUGGUGUUCCUGAGUGAGUUAUAAGACAAACAAAUGGUUGCCUAGAUUGGCGGUUAUUCAGAUUAAAUGUUGCUCUGAUUGAUAGUUGUGUUUGGUCUAAAUGGUUGCCCUGUUUCAUAACCAUACAGACUAAUGUUAUUCUGACCAUUAUGAUUCAUAUUUACACUGCUUUAUUCAGUGCCCUGAUUAUAUUACUAUGAUCUGAAAAUAUCCUUAUACUGUAUUAUAGAAUCAUAUACACAGAAAACCAAGUAUUAUUUUAGUUCUUAAAUUAUAUUGGCAUUUAACUCAUAUUCUUAAUCCUAUUUGUGCGAUAAUCCUCACCAAAUAUUGUAAUUUAAGAUGAGGCAUACACUUAGUGAGCAUUUUAUUAGGUAGACCUGUACACCAACUUGUUAUUGCAAAUAUUUAAUCAGCCAAUCAUGUGGCAGCAACUAAAUGCAUAAAAGCAUGCAGACAUGGGCAAGAGGUUCAGCUGUUGUUCAGACCAAAGAUCAGAAUGGGGAAGAAAUGUGAUGUAAGUGACAGUGGAAUAAUUGUUGGUGCCAGACAGGGUGGUUUGAGUAUCUCAGAAACUGCUGAUCUCCUGUGAUUUUCACGCACAACAGUCUCUAGGGUGCGGAAACAAAACAGAUCCAGUGAGCAGCAGUAUUGCGGCCAGAAACACGUUGUUAAUGAAAAAUGUCAGAGGAGAAGGGCCAGAUUGGUCAAAGUUGAUAGGGAGGUGACAGGAAUGCAUUCGGAUGCAGAAGAGCAUCUCUGAACACACAACGCAUCAAACCUCUAAGUGGAUAGGCUACAGCAGCACCAAUACAUCAAAAAAUUAAGUUGAAUAAAUACCUAAUAAAGUGCUCACUGAGUGUAUAACCUCGAAACAAACUCCAAAAGCAUGCCAUUUGAUUAGUGGGAUUUAAUCCAAAUCUGUUUAUGUUUCCAUGGUAUUUGACACUGUUGAAAACUGGGGUUACAGUAUGUGUGGUUGCACUGUUCUGGCACUGUUUCCUAGUUACUGUUUCUGUGGACAGUAAAGCGAUGAUCUUUAUUGGGUUUUUCCUGGCAUUCAUAUCGAUUUCCAGCCCCUUGUCCUGCUGUGUGUACAUAGCACUCUCACAACUGAUCGUGUGUAGGACCACACUAAGAGUAUUAGCAGCAGAAGAGUAUCUAGUAUCUUCCCAUCACUUGACAGGAAAUAUUACGCUUACAUAUGCUUGUAUGUUCUCAAGCAGUCCUAUAUAAGACCACUACUAAAAAAAAUUGUAUUUGUAUAUAAGUUUUGAGUGUGCAUACACGUAUGUGUGUGUCUGUGUGAGUUUAUAUAUAAACAAAGUUUAAAGUUAAAUAAUUUUCAGAUUUGUGAUUGAAAGGAAAAAUGCAUAAUGUACAAUGUGGGUCACCAACAAAAUCAAGCUACUUUUAUGUUUUGAAAUUUCCAUCAAAGAAUUGUCAUAUUCACAAUUUGUAUGGAGUUUAGGAAUGAUCCUCACUUUUCCCUUAAAUAGAUUAACAAACAAGUCAAAUACUUCAUCCAUGGAUGACUGCCAGGAUUCAGUGAAGCAGCUACAAAAAACAAGCAAUUCAGUGAUGGUCAUAAUAACGGCAGUUCAUCAAUCAUAAAUGCGAUCUUGGCGUAGAUUAUUUAUUUUCUGUUAUUUCCUAACGUACAAACUGACUGGUGAACAUCGAGUACAUUAUCACCAUCUCGCGAGUCACAUAAUCGUAACGUGAACUGUCGGCGCAUUCGCCCACUUCUGACCUCCUGCAGUGAAAAUUAAACCGCAUCUCCAUCACCUGUCAGCGUCUAUUACCUUCUCAGAAUCUCUUCGAGUUUAUAGAGUGCACCUUAUCCGAGGGGAACCUUGCUAAAUGUCACCAUAAUGUUGUCCUUCAUAUCCGAAUAUUACAAUAGCAGCUCGAUCUCAUCCAAAUGAGGCUUGGAGUGAGUGCUGUUGAAGUGGAAGAAAUGUUGAAAUGAAUGAAUUGACAUAAGAGGGUGAUUUAAAAAAUUUAAAAAAUUAAAAAAACACGGAGGAGCUCAGUGGUGUAUUCGGUUGGGUUGAAACUACAAGGUAGGCAAGCCAUCUUUCAUGGCCUUUAGUACUGUUGUUCUUCAACAGCGACACCGUAUACGGUGUGUGACGCUAAUUUGAGGGGAGGGGGGUCAACAUAAGGAAGCUUAGGGAAAAUAUAAAAAUGGGACAGAGAACACUUAGUUUUUUACAUUUAAUUUUCUAUUCUGAGCUCUGGUAUGAGCUAGGAUGAGAUAUGAGAUUUCCAUUUUGAUAAUUUCAGGACUGGAUGGAAAAUCAUAUUCAGUACUGGAUGGGUGAGAACAGAUAACAGAUUUUCUGGUGAUUGUUUGCUGGGCUUGAUUAAUUAUUCAGAUAAUUAGCAUCUUUGCUAAUUAAACAAUGUAAUAUUGUCUGCCUCCUCGCAGUUCCCAGAUAUUUAACAUGCAUUCACAAUCUGUGCGUAUGAGAAAAUGCUGAAUAUGUUAUUGAUGUAAAGAAUACAAAUGCUAUCACAAAAUAAAAUCAGUAUUUACUGGA